CUCUGAGAACGAGAAAUCCUCUCCAUUGUCUCCUGACUCUCCUCGCCCGUUGCCGGGCCACCGCCCUUCCACCAACACUGCGGCCACCACCAGCACAAGUACUAUCAGAAAUCCUAGAUCCGAAUUACUGGAAAUUUCGAAGCCUGUCAUCCAGUAAUAAUUCCUAUUUUUAGGAUCAAAAAAUGGCCCAAGAAGAAGCCCUAGAUUCUGAUAAGUCUCAGUCUCAAGCUACUUCCUCGUCUUCAGAUCCGUCUUUAUCCAGAAACCUGUCGUUUAGUAAGCUCAACGCGCAGGCGCCUGCGUUUGUACCCACUCGGAAUCCGGCAACUCGCUCAGAUCCACCUCCACAUCACCAGCAGCAGCAGCGGCUAGUGAUCCCACCUCCUCCUCCUAUGGCUCAUGUCUAUCCACCUGCCGCUGCUACUUCUCCCACUCCUCCUCCUCCACCAUUUCAUGGCCCUGUACACAGUUAUGCGGUUCCCAUCCAGAAUCAUCAUCGUCGUCAAAAUCAUCACCAUCACAGUCAGUAUCAUCAGCAUGUGCCGCUGCACUAUCAUGGCCAGGAUCAGUAUCAUGGCAGUGCUAUUGGAGAGCAGGAGGAUGAAGUUUCAAGGAAGAAGGGGCAUCAAGCAACUCAAACUCAGGGAGAGCAAGAUCACGGUGGUCCCGCAUCCAGAAACGGGGUAUCAGAGGAAGCCGCACAAAAGAUUUUGAAUCAGGUGGAGUAUUAUUUCAGUGAUCUUAACUUGGCCACUACCGAUCAUCUGAUGAGGUGCAUUAGCAAAGAUCCAGAAGGAUAUGUUCCCAUAUCUGUUGUUGCAUCUUUCAAGAAGAUAAAAGCCCUCGUAAAUAGUAAUUCUCAGCUUGCCGCUGUUCUGAGGACUUCACCAAAGCUUGUAGUCAGUGAGGAUGGGAAGAAAGUAAGACGACAGCAUCUCUUAACUGAGUCUGACAUGGAAGAAUUGCAAUCUCGCAUAGUAGUUGCUGAAAAUUUACCAGAAGAUCAUUGCCACCAGAAUCUCAUGAAAAUUUUUUCUUCUAUAGGGAGUGUAAAGACAAUUCGUACUUGUCAGCCUCAAGCCUCUUCUGGUGGGACUUUUUCAGCAUCGAGAUCGGCAAAAGCUGAUGGCAUGCAUUGCAGUAAUAAGCUGCAUGCAUUCGUGGAAUACGAGUCUGUUGAGCUUGCCGAGAAAGCAGUUGCAGAGCUAAAUGAUGAGGGUAACUGGAGGAGUGGCCUUAGGGUCUGGUUGAUGCUCAAACGCACGACAAAAUCUGCUCAAGUGCGAGGGAAGAAAGGGAAUGAUGGGGAAGGGCAUUAUGAGGAAGAGGAUACUUCGACAUCUAAUCUGCGGGCUAAUGAUAAACAGGCUGGAGAUUCUUCCCAACAGUUUGAUGUCCACUCACACGAUCAUACAGGAGAGGUACAUGUCAAUGACAAGGAUGGUGUGCCAAAAAAGGGGCGUAACAGGGGACAGGGCAAGGGUCGUGGGCGGACUCAAUACCAACAGAAUAAUCGUGGACACCACGCGGGAACACCCCCUUCAAAUAACAUGGUUUCCAAUGAGCAGCAAAUGGCAGUAAAGCAACCUCCUGGGCCACGAAUGCCUGAUGGUACAAGAGGGUUUGCAAUGGGUCGGGGGAAGCCAUUGGCUGUUAACAUGGAAUGAUACAUUAUAUAUAUGAUUACAUUGUAUAAUUGCGUGCAAGUGUAUCUUGGAUAUGAUGAACCAUUAUAUAGUCUUGUAGAUGGCAGGGUAUUAGAAAGGCUGCUCAUCUUAGGUUUUUAGAGUAUGGAGUGAUUAGCAGUAUGAGUCGGAUUGCUUUCCUUCUGCUCGUGUUCGUCGACUUCUGGAUAAACAAGGUUUUUUUGUUUCGUGCCUUUCCUUUUUUUUUCGUUCUCUAGUCAUUGUAUUAAUGUAGAAUUGGAAAAGAACUAGGCCCUGGAGGGUCCUCUAUACAUAUAGGAUAUGAGAAUGCCAGAAUAUGUUAUUGGAAUGAA